AUGUCGGGAUACACUACCAACAACAUGUCUCCUGGAGAUGAGACCCAUAAUCAGACCGGAAAUCAGGAUCAAAAUCCUGACCAAUAUCAGGAUCAAUAUAAUUAUAUUCAGGGAACUCAGUGGGGUUCGAAUUGGGCCAAUGCAGGUUCCAUCGAGCCUGAUCAGCCUUAUUUCGAACAGAACGCUGACCCGAUCCCUUGGAGCCAACAACCUCCGAUCCCCCCGACACAGCAGGGGGACUUGACCCCGACGCCAGAUAUACCUAAGGAGUCCCAUGGGAUUCUCAAACGGAUAUUCGAACAGAUCUAUUCUACUCCUCAGGCGCAGGCUGAGGGUUGGCGUCGGGUUCUGCGUCGGCUUUCGGGUUUGGAGCGGGAGCAGGGAGCCCUGGCAAUGGGUUCAUUCAACAACGAUUCUUCCCUUGACGCUUCAAAUCUGUUUUCAUCUGGAAAUCCUGGUGCAGCCGGCCUUGACCCGAACAAUACUGGGAACGGUGUUGAUUUGGGUGUGGGACCUGUGCCUUUUCAAAUUCAACAACAUGAGCCUCAUCUCAUUGCAGGUAAUCCUAAUGUGGUCAACGCUCCUCCUACUCCUCUGGCUCCUCCUACUCCUCUGGCUCCUCCUACUCUUCGAAAUUUCCAGCCAUCUUUUUCUGGCCCAUCCACUGGGGGUAGCAAAAAGAGAGUUCGGGCAGCUUCUCCGAAUGCUACGGCGCCCGCUCCGAAAAGGAUGAGAAAUCUUCCGCCAAACGCAUCUAGGGACGAGGGAGACAACGCCAAUAGUUCUGGAAUCCCUGGUUCCAAUCCAAACACAGCGCCAACUCCAUCAGUACAGCCCCAGACAACCAGGAAACGGAAAGCGGAUAUUGAUGAAGAGGAACACGACAGUGAAGAUGAUUAUCUUUCGGAUCUCAGGCCGCAAAAGAAGUCCAGGGGGGAACCAGCUGCCUCCAAGAAGAUUGGCAAUUCUCGCAGGAAAGAAGAUAACGAACGGGUCGUUGAGGGGACAAUUUGCGACUUUUGUAGUCAACACCCUCAGAUCCACGCCGCCAACCCGUGUGACUGGGAACAGGUUCCAAACAGCAACGGCCCCGAGAUAUACAAUUUAGAAUGCACUAAUUGUGCCGAUUACCGCUCUCAAAACAAGGAUAACACAGAGCUGGCCGAAAGAGGCGGCCAUAAGUGCCAGGUUCCGGGCCCUGUAACGCCCUUAAUCCACUUUGAUCAAAAGAGCCCAGGUCCUUUGUACUACCUGGCCUUGGGAUACGGCUCUGGAGGUGUCAACGAUUUCAAGGAUGGUCGAAGACUUGAACACUGGAUUGGUCCUGCAGCUCCUGUGUACGGCCUGAUCGACCCCAAGGAUGGUCCACGACGUUAUCAAGACGUAGCCAGAGUUCACAGAAAUCAUCGCCCGCCAGCGGGCGUUGCCCCCCCUGGUAUACCACACAACGUGUCACUUUCGAAUAUGACUGCCGAAGGGCUGCGCAAUCUCAUCGCUGGGCAUUGGCCAGAUGAUUGUCAAGUUCCAAGGGCCAAUCUCGAAGGGUACAAGAAAGUUUGGGCGCUUCUGCGUAAAGAUCAGGAUGUUAGGAUGUCGAUGCUCAACAUGAGCCCCAACGCCUCAAAACGUGUAGCUACCGCGCGCAGCUUCCAGGGAGGUCCUGUGCUCGAGGACAUUCGGGAAAUCCAAAAGACCAUGCUUCCAAGUGCUCAUGGAAAUCCGAAUGGCACACAAUCGCAGGGGUCCUCACAACCGCUGACAACCCAACUGCCAAUGGAAUAUGGAAACGGUGACUUUACCGAGCUUCUAAAUGGGUCUGAUGAACAUCAAGCAGCACUCGGGCAACAAUACGGAGGCUAUGAUGAUGAGCAAAUUGGGCAAUCAUAUGCCCUUACACAGCCAAUGCAGUCAAUGCAGCCAAUGCAGUCAAUGCAGCCAAUGCAGUCAUUGCAGCCAUUCCUAGGUCAAGCCGAUCAGCAAAUAUAUGGUAGCUCCGAGAGGCAGGAUGAACGACAUAUACCACAAGACCAAAUUGCGCAAUAUCAGCAAGAUUGGGGAAACACUUCACAGCAGAUGUUGGAACCUCAAGAUCCAACAGUUCCCGAACAAGACAGUCAAUCGUGGGACUAUCAAAACCUGGAAUUAUUGCAGAGAGCGACGCAAGCAGACGCAAACGACGGAAGUGAUGAACGUCAGUCCUUUGCUAACAGUGUCAUCCUGGCUCAGGGUAUUGAAAAUGACCAACAAGAGCCACACAGUGAUUCGCAGGCUCUAGACCAAUCUCCAGAAGGAAGCAACGAAUCCCAGGAUGCUUCGUCCGAAGACUUAUGGGACAUGUAUACGACUUUCAAUGAUAAGUCGGCACAUAGGCGUUCCCGAGCGAAUCAAGAAAAGCGCUGGCAUAAGCCUCAAACAUCUAGAGGCAGCAAAAGGUCAUCACUCAAGAGAACGGCUCGCGCGAACCGGGCGCCCAAAAACGCAGACAACCAAGAUGUCUUCAAUCCUUUUCUCGGUUUCACAUUCGGUCCGGAACAGAAACCUCAGUCAAAGAAGAUGCCAAAGAGCUUCCGCUGGAAGGUCUUUAAUCAUCUCGAGGGUAUUGACAUGAGCGAAUGGCAUGUGUCAAAGUUUAAAGAGCCUGAGUGUGCCAACAGAAUGCUAGGACCAUCGCUAUGCCGGUCCCAUAGAUUGUACUAUGCCGAAGAGGUUUUGAAACACGCGGCAUUGAUGCAAGAAUGGCGGCUGUCGCGCUUCAAGAAGGCAGUGUGUCCCAGUAGUCUUGCGCAAAAGCCUAGUGAGCAGGUCAAUGUUUCGGCCAACGUCGAUGGUCUUGUAAAGGGCGCGCCGACGGCAUGGGCUUGUGUUGUUUGCGGUGACUGGGUUGUGAAUGGACAGAACGACGUGAACAACCAGCCAGAGGUGAUUGACGAGCCACUGCGGAAUCUAAAUAUCGGGCGCAAACUUCUCGAUCCGCGUCGAGAGAUAACCACCGGCAGGGUUCUGGGGGAAGUGGAAUAA